AUGAAAUCGAAAUCAAUUAAACAUAAAGGUGAUAUCGAAGGAAUAGAUGGUGAUUAUAAUAUAUCAGUUUGUUAUGAUGGUCAAUAUCAUAUCUAUUUAGUUAAUGGUGCCAAAAAUAAUAAUAGAAUUGAUCGAUUCAACAUCAAGACAAUGAAAUUUGAAUCAUAUCAUCAAUUACCUGUUGGAUAUGGUCAUCAAGUAUUAUCAAUGAUCUUCAAAGGUUCAUUAUAUUCAGUAUCAUACAAUCAAAAAAAGAUGUUUCAAUUCGAUUUGACAAAUAGAACGAUAACAGAUCAUCAAAUUGACAUUAUACCAUUCUCAGGAUGUCAUGAUAACAAUGGAAAUUUCUUUAUAUUAGAUUGGAAUAACAAACGAUUCAUCAAAUACAAUGUUGAAACCAAACAAACAAUCAAUCUCAAUGCUAUUCCUCUCGCAAAUGCACAUUAUCCAUGGGUGAAGUAUCAUCGAGAAUCACCAACAUCAAGUUAUAUCUAUUCAUUUGGUGCAUCUAAUGAUCGUAAUUUCAAAUAUUCAAUUGAAACCAAUCAAUGUGAACCUUUCUUUAGAGAUAUUAUUAAUUACAGUAGAACGUUGUGUGCAUCUACAUCGAAUAUAUAUUAA